AUGGUCUUCACUGCCUUCCGGAAGCGAGGCCAUCAAGCCACAGUCAGGGGCAAGUUCAAGGAAAUCUGUUAACUUCUAAAUGGUGUCUGCCAAUCACACUGCAUUGAAACAGAAGUCUAUGUUGGGAUGUGUUUAAAUAAAUGACCUUGCUGCCUGCCCACAGGGCAUCAACCCAGAGGUGAGGAUGCUACAACCAAGAGCUGA